AAUAGUACGAGUAAUAAACUACUCCGUAGGUUGUUGUAUUGCCAAUUUAGAAUAUAUUUGGUGUAUAGAGUUUGAAUUUUUGGUAUAGUGAAGUUGAAAAAUCAUGGGAGAUUUCAAGCAUUUGGUUGUGGCCAAGUUUAAGGAGGGAGUCGCCGUAGAAGACGUUAUCAAAGGCAUGCAAGAUCUUGUCUCGGACAUUGAUGCCGUCAAGUCCUUUGAGUGGGGACAAGAUUUGGAGAGCCAUGAGAUGCUUAGGCAAGGAUUUACCCACUCAUUCUUGAUGACGUUCAAAAACAAGGAAGAAUACACUGCAUUCCUUGCACAUCCUAAGCAUAUUGAGUUUUCAGCCACAUUUUCAGUAGCAAUUGAAAAGGUUAUCUUGCUAGAUUUUCCUAUUGUCCUUGUCAAGCCAUAGCCGGAAACCACGGCCGAGCUAGCGGCUUAGGACAGACGACACGUCACCACCGGAAACUUAAACUUCGUCCAAGUAAUGCUGUUGCAUUUCAGUUGGUAUUAUAUGAACUAGUUAUGUACUCGUUUGUGUUUUUUUUAUUUUUAAUUAUCAACAUUAGAUGUUAGAUUUGCAUGGUGUAACAUGCAUUUCCUUUUGUGUUUAUCAUUAUAGUGCACGCAUAAUGAUAAAUUCAUAAUAUAUCUUGUUAUUAAUUAUGAAGA